AUGACUACACAAGGAUUUGAAAAAACAAAAUUACCAUUAACUUUUAUUAUCGUUGGAGCAGGAUUAGGUGGUGUUGCUGCAUCAAUUUGUUUAAAAUUAGCAGGUCAUAAUGUAAAAUUAUUAGAAAAUGCAAAAGAAUUAGGAGAAGUUGGAGCUGGUAUACAAAUUCCUCCACCAUCAACAAAAAUAUUAGAAGCUAUUGGAUGUUUAGAUAAAGUUUCUAAAGCUUCUGUUCAUCCAAAAGAUAUUUUAGUUCAUAGAUAUACUGGUGAAAUUAUUUCACAACAAAAUUUAAUACCUCAUGUACAAGAUAAAUAUCAAGGACAAUAUUUACAUAUUCAUCGUGCUGAUUAUCAUAAAAUUUUAGUUGAUAGAGCAAAAGAAUUAAAUGUUGAAAUAUAUUUAGAUUCAAAAGUAGUUGCUAUAGAUUUUGAAAAAACUACCGUUACAACAGAAUCAGGUAUAACUCAUAGUGGUGAUAUUAUAGUAGGUUAUGAUGGUGUUAGAUCAACAACAAGAAAUUUGUUAACUGGUAGAAAUGAUGGAGCUUAUGAUACAGGAGAUUUAGCUUAUCGAGCAUUAAUUGAUGUUGAAGAUAUGAAAAAAGUUACAGGAUUAGAAAGAUUUUAUGAAACUCCAAAUAUUACAUUCCAUUAUGGUCCAAAUAUUCAUGUUGUUAUUUAUUUUUUACAUCAAGGACAAUUAUGUAAUGUUGUUGUAUUAUGUCCUGAUACUUUAGAAAAUAAUCAUUUUAGAGAAGAAGCAACAAAAGAAGAAUUAUUAGAAAUGUUUAAAGAUUGGGAUCAAGAUUUAUCAAAAAUUUUUAAUUUAAUUAAAGAUGUUGGAAAAUGGAAAUUACAAGAUUCAAGAGAAUUAGAUACUUGGGUUCAUAGAGAUGGUGGUAAUGUUAUUAUAUUAGGUGAUGCUUCACAUUCAACAUUACCGUAUUUAGCUUCAGGUGCUUCACAAGCAGUUGAAGAUGCUGCUAUAUUAGCUGGUUUAUUUUCAAAAAUUGAAUCAAAAGAUCAAAUUCAAGAUCUUUUAUAUUUAACUGAAAAUUUAAGAAAAUGGAGAAGUUCACAAGUUGUUAAAGGUUCAAAAAAUUGUCAAAAUAUUUAUCAUUUACCAGAUGGUCCAAAACAACAAAAAAGAGAUUCUUUAUUAGCAGGUCCAAAAACUUUAGGUUAUCCAAAUAGAUUUGCUGAUCCUGUUUUUCAAGAUUUCUUAUGGGGUUAUAAUGCAUUUGAUGAAAUUGAAAGAGGUUGGAAAGAAUAUAAAGCAGGUAUUAAAUCAACUUAUAAUUAUCCUAAUCUUUAUUUAAAUGGUGAAGAAGCUGAAUAUGCAAAUAUUAAUAGAACCAAUUAG